AUGGCUUCGUCAAUCACCCCGGCUCAGGCCGAGCUCAUCAGGCGAGUCGCUCCUCCUUCUCGGCCGGUGGUUAAUCUGCUAACCUCGCUCGCGCCCGACGAUAUCCCGAUCAAGCUGCGAUGCGCCAUCUGCAGCAAGCUCGCCGUCAACGCCUUCCGGCUUCCCUGCUGCGAGCAAGCCAUUUGCGAGACUUGCCAAUCUUCCCUCCCGUCCUCUUGCCCGGUUUGCGAGCACUCGCCGGUGUCUGCCGAGGACUGCACGCCGCACAAGUCGUUGCGAACGACGAUCAAGGUCUUCCUCCGGACCCAGGAAAAGAAGCGCGAGGAGGCGCGGUCCAAGGACGCGAAGGAUUCGGCACCUCCUGCCCCCGUCGACGCAAAGCCGAUCGUGCAGCAAGCUGCUCCCUCCGAGUCUCCGGCCGUCGAAACCCCAUCGCAGCCCGCAGUCGUAGCCAAUGCACAGUUCGAAAAUACAGAUUCCCAGGCUGCGCAAGCCGCGGACGCAAGCACAAAUGGAAGCGCCAAUGCCGACGCUGACGCAGCGGCGGCUCAGAACAGCACCGGAGAGGAUGAUGAUGAUGAAAUCGUCAUCAUCACUGGCGACGAGAACGCGGCCGCCGCAAGGCAAAACACCGAUCAGCAGGAGGGUGACGCCAUGGAAAACAACGGUGCCGAAGGCGACGACGCGGAUGCGAACGGAAACGCCAACUUUAACGGCAUGAAUGGAAGCAACUUUUCCAAUAUGAACUUUAACGGCAACGGCGAUUUCAGCCAGAUGCAAAUGAUGAUGGCCAUGCAGAACGGCAUGGGGGCCAACUCGUUCGGCAACUUUCCUAUGAUGGGAAUGGGUAUGGACCCAAUGGCGAUGCAGAACAUGUACAUGAACGGCGGCUAUGGUCCUCAAGGCAUGGGCAUGGGAGGCUUCGGCGGUGGUUUCGGCUCAGGCUCCAAUAACUGGAACGGGCAACAGUCAUGGAAUUUCGGCCAAGAUAAUUUCAAUUCUGCUAAUGCUGCUGGCAUGGGAUCUGGUGACUUUGGCAACUAUAACUCAGGAUUCCAGUCAGGGUACAAUCAAGGUAAUUACGGUCACCAAUUCAAUGACUACCGCCGCAACAACUACGGCAACCGUGGACGUGGACGAGGACGCGGCUUUUACGGCGGUGGCUACGGUCGAGGCGGAUACCAACAGUAUGGCGGCUACGGGGACCAAGGCCACAUGCAACAGCAACAGCAGUUCGGGCACAACACGCACGGCCAGGGGUCCGAUGAGGGAAGCCGAGCAACCGCCAACGUGGACGAGUUUGGCCGCGAGCGCAAGGACGACCAAGACGCAACCUCCAAUGCGGGAGGUGGCAACAACGACAAUAACGGAGAGGGUGGUGAAGGUCCCAAGCCCGUUGACGAGGGUGGGAACGAACAGGGCCCUCGUGAUGCAUCAGAGCAUGAGAAGGCUGAGAACGGAUCACACAUGGCACAGGACUCCGGUGACUACGCCGCGUACAACGGGAAUGGCAUGCCUGGAGGCUACGGGCCGUCGGGAUUUCCAAACCAGAAUCUGGGAUUUGCACCUGCAGCGCCUGAUGUUCCUAUAAAUGCCCCGACGGGUCCCAAGGCCAUGCGCCAGGGCCUGCCGAAUACCAGCCUGCACACAUUGCGGGCGCGAGGAUACGUCAUCCCGGACGAAGGCGGUCGGCAGACGUCGGUCGACGGCGUGCAGAGCCCUACCGUGGAACAUCAACGAUCGCGAAGCAACUCUUCCGCGCCCAUUAAGGACCAGGACAAGAGCCGCCGUCGGGACGCGAGUCGAGAGCGCGAGAGGGAACCGGAUGUCAGGUCAGAAAGGGACUACGCGGGGCGAGAACGGGACCACUCACGCUCCCCAUCGCGCAGCAGAGAUCAGAGCCGAGAGCGCAAGAGCGACCGCGGCGACCGCCACCGGACCCGUCGGCGCAGACGCUCCGAGUCACGAUCCGUCGACGACCGAGACGAUGAGCACCGUCGCAGGAAGCAUAAGAGCAGAAAGCACACCUCAUACAACGACGAAGAUGAAGUCAAGUCCCGGUCUAAAGAUGACGGUCACGAGGAGAGGUCGAGGUCCGCGUCGCCCAGCGAUUCUAAGAGAUCCAGCCACCGGAGCCGCAGAGACCGCGACGAGAAACGACGCGACCGGGAGAAGGACAAGUACCGAGAUGAGGACUAUGACGACUACCACAGAAAGUCCAGCCACCGCUCACAUCGGGACAGAGAUCGCGACCGCGACCGAGAGUACGACCGUGACCGUGAUCGUGAUCGUGACCGUGAUCGUGAUCGUGACCGUGACCGCGACCGCAAGGACCGCGAACGUGAGAAGGACCGGAAGCGCGAUAAGCAUAGGGAUCGGGAGCAUCGUCAUCGCAGCAGCCGCAAGCACUCGGCCGAGCCGCCCACGCCGGUCGAGAAAGACUUCAAUCCGCCCACCGGCCCGCGAGGCAGCACAUCGGGGCUCGAGAUCAGAGGAGCGGGCUCGAAGCCCGGCCGAUCAUCUGACCGACAAGAUGCAGGAAGACGGGACUCCCAGGCUUCGGUCAAUAGUAAAUCCGCGGGCGGCGUUCCCACCAAGGACGCUCACGCCCUUGAGCGCGAGGCCAGGGACCGCGAGCGGCUGCUCAAGGAGACGCAGCGCAUGGCCGGGCUGGCGGGACUGGCUGGCGUCAAGCGCAGCAGAGACGACGUCAGCGGCGGCGGCGGCGGCGGCGAUGAUGGAAAGCGCAGUCGGCGAAAGGGACGGCGCAGCGAGGCCAUCAGCAUGGAUGACGAAGAAGAGAGGAUGCGCAGAAUGGAGGCUGAGCGUGAGGGACACCGUUGGGGCUAG